AUGUCGACAGUGAGAGCAAUUAACCUGGUGCUGCCUGAGAUUGAGGUGCAUUUGGCCAGCUCCAGCAUAGACGGCUAACUGGUUCUGAACCUCAGGAGUAUCCUGGUGGACCUGGUGGAUCCUGUCAUGCAGGUGGAGCUCACGGGAGGAGGCUUCCUAAGGUGGCUUGGGGAGGAUAAUCCUGAACUGGACUACGACAAGAAUUCUGGAGUCCACACCUUUGACUUCCACUUCAGCUUUCCUCCAAAUAUUCCCUCCACAUUUACUAGCAAAAUUGGAUGCAUCUCCUACUUUGUUCAAGGGACUUGCUGCAGCUGCCAAAUUGUCUUAGCUAAAGAGGAGAGAUGUUUACUGUUGCAAGGAACACAGAAGUGCUAG